GAAAGGGAUGAAGAUUUAGGAACCUCGUGGUUCAGCAUCACCAACAGAGUUUGGAAUUGCGCAGCCUUCAAACUUGAGACUUCAGAAUGUGCGUGGGGUCUGACAGAAGAGCAUCCGCCUAGAAUGUCCGCUCUGAAGAAGGUGCUGCCAGGACUUCUGCAGAAGCAUUGCUGCGUUGUACCAGACGGGCACACAGGUGUGAAGAAGCUGCUGAUGAAACUGAAGAGCCGGGAGAUUUACUCAGAAUCCCAGUGCAUGCUGUGUGGUGAACCAGAAGACCAGCAGUAUUCAUGGUUGACCUCCCAGCCCUUCGAUGAAGACAGCAACUCGUCUUCAGCCAGGAACAUGAAGGGUCUCUCUGGCCGCCCUGCCCACCUCCAGCUGACCUCUCCCACCUCAGCCCACACCUGCGGCCUUCUGGAAUGCGACCAUUCUCUGGACCACCACCUUCAUCAUGGGGACUCGCGCCCCCCUUCCUAUCUCCUCAGCCCCACUGAGAGCUGCCCUCUUGAUGGUCAUCGCCGCUGCUCCCCCCGGAGCUCCAUCCACUCCGAAUGCAUGGUGAUCCCGGUGUCCAUGUCGGCCACCGACUCAAUGUCAAGUAGCACUUUCCCACGCAUGCACUACGGCAGCGCUUCUAGGGGCGGAGGAGUCAACAGCUCAGGCGGCAGGGAGUCCAGAGAUGAUGCUAGUUCAAUGUCACACGGCGGCAGCGGCAAAAUGAAUAGAAUUCCUGCGACCCUUCUGGACCAAUUUGAAAAGCAGAUGCCGCUGCACCGAGAUGGCUUCCACACGUUGCAGUACCAGCGCACAUCCACGACAACCACGACGACAGAGCAGCGGAACGAAAGCCCGGGACGGAUACGUCACCUCGUCCACUCCGUGCAAAAGCUGUUCACCAAGUCCCACUCUCUAGAAGGCAAAAUGAACGGGACUAAGAGCGAUUCCCACCGGGACUCUUCGCACCAUCAUCACCACCACCACAAACACAGCAAACGCAGCAAGAGCAAGGAGCGUAAAAGCGACGGCAGCGGGAAGCACCGCUCAGGAGGCUGGUGGAGCUCAGAUGACAACCUCGACAGUGACAGUACGUACCGGACACCGAGCGUCAUGUCUCGGCAUCCUGUGGAUCACAUAAGCCACUGCUACCCCGACUCGGUCCACAGCCACUUGGCCGGGGAGUUGUCCUUGAAGGGCUCUAAGAGCAACAACGAUGUGAAGUGCUCGGCCUGCGAGAGCGUCAGCAUGGCUCCUGAAGGAAAGUUUAUGAAGAGGAGCUCCUGGUCCACGUUAACAGUUAGCCAAGCCAAGGAGGCCUACAGGAAGUCAUCACUAAAUCUGGAGAAGCCCAUGACACCCUCCGACCUCAAGCCCAACAUCAGGCCCUGUCAUUAUUUACAGGUGCCGCAGGACGAGUGGGGUGGUUACCCCGGAGACGGGAAAGAUGACGAAAUCCCCUGCCGUCGGAUGCGCAGCAGCAGUUACGUCAAAGCCAUGGGAGACGAGGAGAGUGGCGAGUCGGACUCCAGCCCCAAGACGUCCCCUCAGAAGAGGGUGCGGCCGGAUGCCCUGGUCAAGGCCAUCAUCCGGCCGCGAGACCUGCUGGACUCUCAGAGCUCUUACCGCCUGGAUAAAAUCAACAGUGACAUGCGUAACUACAUCACCAAUUUUGCUGCAGACUUAAGUCAAAGUUACCAUCUGCAAGCGUCUAUGCAUCCAAAUAUGGCCCUGGAUCCGUCUGCCAACUACAACUCUCCCAAGUUUCGCUCGAGGAACCAGAGCUACAUGCGGGCGGUCAGCACUCUCAGUCAGGCCAGCUGCGUGAGCCAAGUCAGUCAGGUGAGUGAAACAGAAAUCAACGGCCAGUUCGAAUCGGUUUGCGAGUCGGUGUUCAGCGAGGUGGAAUCCCAGGCCAUGGAGGCGCUGGACUUGCCCGGCUGCUUCCGAACUCGCAGCCACAGCUAUCUGCGUGCCAUCCAAGCUGGCUACUCCCAGGAUGACGAGUGCAUCCCGCCUUUGGCCUCCACUGUGACCUCCACCAUCAGAACGACAACAGGGGUCCAGUUCUGCCUGCCCUCGACCUGCAACCUUGAGCGGACUUCUCAACACACCCCAGCUAUUGCCUACACCCCCAACUACAAGAAGAACCCCCCGCCGGUCCCUCCCCGGACCACCUCCAAGCCCCUCAUCUCCAUCACGGCCCAAAGCAGCACUGAGUCCACCCAGGACGCCUACCACGAAGGACGACAUCCUCACGGCAGGAUGUGGGCUUCGGACGGUCUCAGUUUGGGUCUGACUCCGGGUCGGACCCUGUACAACUCCGUGGACAGCCUGGAUAGUGCCAAGGCUGUGACCAUAGCGAUGGAGGCGGCCGGUGUCAUGGCAGGAAAGAGGCAUCCAUCCACGGACAGCCACAGCUCGGUACUCACCUGUGACAAGGCCGUGCUGGUGUCCAAGGCGGAGGAGUACUUGAAGACGCCUCGUUCUUCGAUAGGGAUUCAGGUGGAGGCGGCGACCGACUCGGAAUCAGAAAGCAAAGGCUCCCGGGAAUACCAUUCUGUUGGGAUCCAAGUGGAGGAUGACAAGAAGGGGCAAGGCAGGUUCAAGCGUUCCAACAGUGUGACAGCAGCUGUGCAGGCUGACAUGGAGCUGGAGUGCUUCCCUACCAUGGAGGACAAAGGCCUGCAGUUUGGCGGAGGCUUCCAGCGGCACUCGGAGCCCAGCACACCCACCCAGUACGGAGCGGUGCGGACCGUACGCACCCAGGGCCUCUUCAGCUAUCGAGAAGAUUACCGCACCCCGGCCGAGCCCCCGAGUCCAAGGGAGACCACGAGCGAGAACACCUGGCAACUGGAGCCGCCAUCAUCCAGAGAAAGCGCGCUCACCACGAGCGAGUCGGGGAGAACCUCGCCAUCGCUGAGGAGAGACGGGAGCUGGUUCAUGCAGCUGCUUCACACCGAGACCAAGAGGAUGGAAGGCUGGUGUAAGGAGAUGGAGGCCGAGGCCGAAGAGAACGACCUGUCGGAAGAAAUUCUAGGCAAAAUCAGAAGUGCAGUGGGGAGCGCUCAGCUGCUCAUGUCUCAGAAGUUCCAGCAGUUUUACUGGCUGUGUCAGCAAAACCUGGACCCCAGUGCCAUGCCGCGGCCCACCUCUCAGGACCUGGCCGGAUUCUGGGACCUGCUGCAGCUCUCCAUCGACGACGUCACCAUGAAGUUUGACCAGCUGCAGCAGAUCAGGAACAACAGCUGGAGGCCUGUUGACAGUCCGGAGAAGAAGCCACCAGCUCCUGUACCAAAGAAGACGACUCGACAGAAGAGUCUGGUGACGAGGGAGAAAUCCCUGGACCUGCCGGACCGACAGCGCCAGGAGGCCCGACGGCGGCUCAUGGCCGCCAAGCGAGCCGCCUCUUUUCGGCAGAACUCGGCAUCCGAGAGAGCGGAUAGCAUUGAGAUCUAUAUCCCUGAGGCUCAAACUCGACUUUGAGAAGAUGGGGCCUCUGUAUCUGACUCUAAAAUUAGCCUUUUUUUCUAGACUGCGACUCUCUCUACUCUUCCUCAUCUGUCGGUUCAUCUCAGUAGCGAACAUCUCAUCGCCAUUGCCAAGAAGGAUGUGCCAUGGCUGGAAGAGUCUGACACGGGUGGGUCAGUUUCCUCCAAUCUCGUGCCAUUUUAAAAGAGCAGCUUUGACAACAAACCAGCAACCCGGCCUUCGAGACAAAGAGUGGAGAUUGCUACAAAUACUUCUCAUUGUUUAAUGCGAUCGGAACAAAUUAACAAGUUCAAAGGUCACAAGUGUGCUGUUUUUUUUUCCGAUUGAUUGUCGAUGAUGAGUCACAAAACGGCUGUGAAUAUGAAAACAAAAAGUGCCAACACUUGAAAUACCUCAACUGUGUGCACGAGGCACUGACCGCAGUCACUCAGUGGAAAACGGGCUUGUUUAGGAAACAACCUAGUUCCCCAAAUAAGUUUGGUUAUAGCCUAUUUUGCGUCUUUUGACAAUGACAAACACUCUUAUGAGAAACAGGCAUCUGGACCAACUUGAGUUUCUGUUUAAAAGUAAACUGCUUUUCAGUUCAGUUUCUCAGUCGAAGUAUGGAAUCACAAAAGAAAAAAUCAUAAAUAUUUGGAAAUACAGGCAGAGUUCAAUACAGAGACAUAAUCUGGAACUAGAAAUGGGUGCUAGCGCUUGAUCUUGUGGCAGUCCGACCUGUCUAAUACGGUACACACAGCUGGUACAGCUCAUCCUAAGCUGCUGAAGAAGCAUCUUCUUCUUCCUCUGUGACUCCUUCUACCGCAUGCUAUUUUAAAGUGCACUGCUAUUCAUCUUUAAAUUGAAUUAAAUCCCUUGAUCUAGUUAAAAAAAAAGCAUUAACAAACAUAAAAAUGGUGGACCACAAGAAGUACUGUGAAAAUAGCAGGAGGAAAAGUGACAAAUAUGAAACUUUUGUCUGGAAGUAUGGAGUCAUGUAAGUGCUCAAACUAGCUGAAUCAUAUAAACAGUAAAGUAAUUCGAUAUAAAUGUGGUAAGAAAACUCACUUAGGAAAUAAAUACUGAACAAAUCAUAUCAAGUAAUUAUUUUACAAAUAGUGCUAGUUGCAAAUAUUUUUGAUGGUUUUCAAAACAUUCAAAAAGUUGAGACUUGACUUGAGACCUCCCUCCAGUGGCUCAUUUUCCACCUGUGUUGUUCCCCCCAUUUUUUAAAUCUUUAUUUCCAGAUAUAUAUUUUUUGCACUUAAAAUGUUAUAGUUAGUUGAGUUUAAAUGAGCUCAAUGGGACAGCAGGUGGCAGCACUGUUCUGGCUGCAUCUAUGAAAACACCAUUGAAAUAUGUUUGUUACUUUUCAAUAUAUUUUGAAAAUCAACCUGCAUUCUCCAUGUAGGUAGUGAAACUUUUACUGAACAGUAUGGAAAAACUUAAGUACCAAGAAAAGGAAAUACUUUGUGAUGUAUUAGAAUAUUAGAUCCAAAUGUAGUUUUAGGUAGGCUAAUAAUAUUGUGGAUGUUAAAUGACAUGAAUCAACCCAAAACAACCUUAGUUUUUCAUGAGUCCGUUUAAUGUUACACUGAGUUUGGACCGUGAUUCAGAGAUUUAAAGAAAAAAGUCAACUCAAGUAAGUCCAGAUGCCGCCUUUAGUCCUUUGAUCUGGCUGACUGACUGAAUCCAUGAGCAUCCAUCGCCGAAUCGUGACACCAUCGCCAACUUUUCGUAUUGGCAUUACUUGAAGCGGAACACAUGCAACUUGUCUCGUGCCAACCACAUGUUGAUGCAGUAGAAAAUAAACAACAGUAGGACCGUGAAAACAUGUAGAUUUAAGCACUUAUGCACUUAUUACAAUUCUCUCUAUUUUCAAGGGAAAUGUACAUAACAUCACAAUGUUGUGUUUCGUGAGUGGGACGCGUGGUUGAUUUCUUUGAUGUCCGUGUUCAUUGCUUUUCACACAAUCAUGUGAGUGCACUUACACAUGCAUCUCAUUCACUCCUCUCAGGCCCUUCAGUUGUUGACAAAAAAAAAAAUAAAGCCCUAAAAUACAACAAUGCACUGUGUAUUAAGGCUACUGACAAACUGAGUUCAAGUGUUGUAAGUUAUAGCUAAUUUCAAUGUCUUUUGAGAUAUAUUUUUAAAAAUAUUUAGAAGGUAGUUUCAAGAUCUUCAGAUUUAAUCUAGAAAUAAACAAUUUAACUUAUUUAAGAAAAAUCCAAAAUAUAUUAGAAUACAUCGAGGAAUGUUUCAGAAAAUAAUUUAAUAGCUAUUGUCAAGUCAAUAAACUACAGAUACAAAAAAUGAGGAAUUACAGUGAAGACAAUUCCAGCCAAUUGCUUUCUCACGUUCGUUCAUAAGAGUAUUUGAAUUGUACAUAUCUACGGUAGCAUAACUUUAAUACGUCUAGAUGGCGGAAGCUUCAUUCACUUGGAAAUGAACUUGAUAGUGCAGAGACAGACUGGGUUCUGGAACUAUUUGUCUCAUAGCUUCUGUAUAUAUGAUAUAUUUAUUAUUAUAUUAUAUUUUUCCUGGAAAAAAAACAAACCGUUUUUCCUUUCAAAUAUUUUUAUUUUAUGUGAAGUUUACAUUUCAGAGUUUUAAAACUGAAUGUCACUCACUUGCCCCCGCAUCUGUAGCUCUCAUUUAAUAGACUCCCCAGAUAUUAUUGGAUUUUUAGAUAUUUCAUCUCAAUUCAAAAAACCCCAAAAUAAAAAAUAAUAAUGAUAAUCAAAACACAAAUUUUCUGUUCUACUUUUCCACAAGUCAUAGUGUAAAAAAUGUAGACUCUUUUUUUCAACAAAUCAAAACGGGGAUUCAUGAUGGGCAGAGAAGACAAAUUAGAGCUGAGCCAGAAGACUAAUUUGUCUUCUUUAUCUAUACCUUUGAUGGGGGCCAUGAUCUAAUAGUACAAAAAUAUAUUUGUUGCAUGUUAGAGCCGGUACUUUAGCUUGUCGAGAAUAAAGCCAUUUAUUUACUUUGUUAUUUUGUGAUGCGCACACAUGGUAGAAGGAGAAAUGUUGUUUCCACUCUGGCUUCAGAACGUGACUAUGAUAGUGGCUUUGCCCCUGGAUAAAACUGAACUACCUACUAUAGGCCAUUUGUUUAUUCAUUCAUUGUCUGCCUCUUCUUCCCGGUGUGUCAGGGUCACAUGGGGCUAGAGUAUGGAAAGGUGUUUACCUUUAUGCACCAGUUGUGCUGGUCAUGAUCGAACACAAUCAUGUUUGAGGUGAGCUGAGAUGAACAGUUCCUUCAAUGUUAUAAUUUACCAAAAAUAUUGCUGUACCGGUUUGCACUUCAUCAGACUAUUAGAGUUUAAGGAAGAGGUGAUAUAAUCCUGAAUGAUUUAAGAGUGGCACAGUAGUUUCUGUCAUGGUGAAUAAAAAGCUGAGCCAAAAUACAAAGCUGUUGAUUUACAUGUCGACCUAUGUUCCCAGUCGGAUCAAAAGGUUUGGAUAGUGAUCGAAAUAUUGUCGCCCGAAUUAGUUUUGUCAUGUGGGAGGGACUGAAAGUUGCCAAGAUAAGCUAGUACGGGGUAGUUUUUCGAGACACCUCCGAGUGAGGGACUCUGUUCAAUAGGGCAGGAAAAUAUGGAGCAAACAGUGAUGAACAUUCUUCUUCUUAUUAUUAUUAUUAUUAUUCCAUCACGCACAAGCAAAGCGACUGUUUGGCACCAAUACUUGGAUUUCACUACAGUUCACAUGUGGUCCCCCAGUGGGAGACAGACAGCCAGACUGAUCUGUCCGACAUGCAGGCUCAGUCCUGCAAACAUUUGGCUGCAUCGGGAGCUGUUUUGUAGCUGGAAGGAAUUUCUGUGACCGCUGCUAUUUGCUGUGCUGGCUGCUUUUUCAUAUCUGAGUCACCAAAGCAGCUUAUGUAAGAUUUCGGCUCCUUGGCAAGAUCAAGCAAACCGUCUCCGAGUCCCAACACAGCUUUUGCAGAAUUUAAGCCUUCUCUGCAAACAAAACUAUCAGGGUUCAACGUUCAAGUGACAUGUAUGUUCAUUGAGUGGUAACGCGUUUUGUUCUGUAGCUUCACAAUUAAAUUGAUUUUUUUUUUUUUUUAAACAAGAAGAAGGCUUUCCGAUGGACAAGUUGGAGGAUUAUGUAAUGCCAUAUGAGCCCCAAACAUCUGCAAGUGACAUCACCAUGGACCCAUUUAUACUCCCACUCAAGGACACUGUUCAUACUUCCAAGAUAUGUUUCAUGACAACAGCAUCAGAAAACAUGAAUAUAAAAAAGGGAACUUUUUUUUUUAAACAAUCCCUUGAGGUUGGAAUGUGAAAUUGAUCCCUAUAAUUAUUAAACACAAAUGUAGUUUAGCUAAAAUUAUUUUAUUGUAUAUCUAUAGUGAAUAUAAUGCCAAAUAUUCAUGAUUUGUAAAAGAAAUAUAUUAAACUAUUUUUUGCUCAUGUUCUGUUGUCAUUUUUUUAUUUGGUUACUUACCUUCUGAUAUGACGGCAUGCAAAGUGUUAAUUAUGAAUGUAGCCUUAUUUAUUUGCCAAAUUACAUCACUGUUUUACUAUGUAUGUAUUUAUUUCAAUGUAUCCUAUGCAUUUUAUCAUUGUUUAUUUGAAAAUCUAAAACAUUUGGGGAUUUUUUAUUUUAUUUUAUUUUAUUUAUUUAUUAUUUUCUUUGUUCUUUGCACCUUUAGCCAUCUGUUAAAAAA